AGUGAACAUACUCUGCUGGGUGGCAACAAGCAGGGCACAGGGAUGUACACACACAUGUAGGUAUGUGGAGGCUGCUGCUGUCUUAUUCCCAAAACCCACCAUGCUUCUCCUCGACACCACAUUGCACUCCAGCCCACCUCACUCUCUCCUUCCUCCACAGGCAGGAUGCAGGUUCGGAGCCUCCUCCUCCUCCUGGCGCUGAUCCUGGUGGCUGCUGCUGCCGAGGCUGGCAAGAACAAGAAAGAAAAGGCAAAGAAGGAUGGCUCCAAGUGCGAGGACUGGCGCUGGGGACCCUGUGUUCCCAACAGCAAGGACUGUGGCCUGGGCUACCGCGAAGGAACUUGCAAAGAUGAGAGCAAGAAGCUCAAGUGCAAGAUCCCCUGCAACUGGAAGAAGAAAUUUGGAGCCGACUGCAAGUACAAGUUUGAGAGCUGGGGAGGCUGUAAUGCUCAGACAGGCCUGAAGACUCGCUCUGGCAUCCUGAAGAAAGCCCUCUACAAUGCCCAAUGUGAGGAGACUGUCCUUGUGACUAAGCCCUGCUCCUCCAAGAUCAAGUCGAAGUCCAAAGCAAAGAAGGGCAAGGGGAAGGACUAGAGCAGGAAACCAGCGUCCUCAUCGGCCCCCCAACAUGGUGCCUACGGGACUGGAUGUCCAACUGCAGCUGGCCCACACUACAGUCUUCCUCCUCCUCUCCUUACUCCUUUCCAUGACCUCCUCUUUCACUGAGAUGCCUUGUUUUAAUCAUUAGUGUUGUAGAGAGCAAACCCACCCACCCUGCAGGAUAGGCUGCUUCCUUUCUUGCUGUCCCAUGGGCACUGCCAGUGCGUCCUGCUCACCUCCUUUUGGCUGGUGUUGGGGUUCACUGGGAUGUGCUCAGAGAGCUGGGAUGGAACACACAUUUUUCCACCCUCCAGCACAAAUGAGUUGCCUUUAGCACACCCUUUUGCAAGCCCAGGAGCCUCCUCUCUCCUCCACCAGGUACUGGUGCUGGAGGGAAGGGCUAGAUGUUGAAUCCUUCAAGGACUGCUGUCACCUCAGGUGGUUUAUUCCAGCAUCCCUUUGGCUGGGGCAUGACUUACCUGGAGCAGUUGAGGAAAACACAAUCAUCACCCUGAGAAGCAACUGCCUUUCCUCUCUGUCACUUCUAACCAUGUGUGUCCAUGCUGGGGCUGCAGCCCCUCUGCCUUUGCCAUGCCAACACCAGUGCUGGGUGGGAGCUCUCCUUUUGGAAUU